AUGUCAGUGGGAGCCGGGAAGGAGGGAGUGGGGAGAGCAGUUGGGCUUGGAGGCAGCAGAGGCUGCCAGGCUGCGGAGGAAGACCCCCUUCCAGACUGCGGGGUUCACAGCUCUGCUCUGGGACGAGGCGGGGGCAGGCACUGGAGGUUGCCGCAGCCUGCGUGUGGGCAGGAGCUCAACUCAGGGGAGCAGGCGACCCGCACCAGCUGAAUGGACCUGCACGCCUUGUUGCUGCCCACUGGCCCCAAUGCCAGCAAUGCUUCCGAUGGCCCUGACAACCUCACCUCUGCCGUGUCACCUCCUCGCGUGGGGAGGGUCUCCUACAUCAACAUCAUCAUGCCUUCAGUGUUCGGCACCAUCUGCCUCCUGGGCAUCGUGGGGAACUCCACGGUCAUCUUUGCAGUGGUGAAGAAGUCCAAGCUGCACUGGUGCAGCAACGUCCCUGAUAUCUUCAUUAUCAACCUCUCCGUGGUGGAUCUCCUCUUUCUCCUGGGCAUGCCCUUCAUGAUCCACCAGCUCAUGGGCAAUGGCGUCUGGCACUUUGGGGAGACCAUGUGCACCCUCAUCACAGCCAUGGACGCCAACAGUCAGUUCACCAGCACCUAUAUCCUGACCGCCAUGGCCAUUGACCGCUACCUGGCCACGGUCCACCCCAUCUCUUCCACCAAGUUCCGGAAGCCCUCAGUGGCUACCCUGGUGAUCUGCCUCCUGUGGGCCCUCUCUUUCAUCAGUAUCACCCCAGUGUGGCUCUACGCCAGGCUCAUCCCCUUCCCUGGGGGUGCUGUGGGCUGUGGCAUCCGCCUGCCCAACCCAGACACUGACCUCUACUGGUUCACGCUCUAUCAGUUUUUCUUGGCCUUUGCCCUGCCCUUUGUGGUCAUUACCGCUGCCUAUGUGAGGAUCCUGCAGCGCAUGACCUCCUCGGUGGCCCCUGCCUCUCAACGCAGUAUCCGGCUGCGGACAAAGAGGGUGACCCGCACAGCCAUCGCCAUCUGCCUGGUUUUCUUUGUGUGCUGGGCGCCCUACUAUGUGCUGCAGCUGACCCAGUUGUCCAUCAGCCGCCCAACUCUCACCUUUGUCUACCUGUACAACGCGGCCAUCAGCUUGGGCUACGCCAACAGCUGCCUCAACCCCUUUGUGUACAUUGUGCUCUGCGAGACAUUUCGCAAGCGCCUGGUCCUGUCGGUGAAGCCUGCUGCCCAGGGGCAGCUUCGCACAGUCAGCAAUGCUCAGACAGCUGACGAGGAGAGGACCGAAAGCAAAGGCACCUGACACUUCUCCUGCCAUCCAGAUACCUCCUAGUCAGGUCACCACAGCAAGCCAUGGGGAGACCUAGAGAAAAACCCAAGGCCACCCUGGGGGGAGGCAGGGAGGCUGGGUGAGGGGUUGCUGCAGUUAAAUAUACUAUAGG